AUGUUUUACGCGCACUUCGUCCUGAGCAAACGGGGGCCGCUGGCUAAGAUCUGGCUGGCGGCUCACUGGGACAAGAAGCUGACAAAGGCUCACGUUUUCGAGUGUAACCUGGAGAGCAGCGUGGAGAGCAUCAUCUCACCAAAGGUGAAGAUGGCCCUGCGCACCUCCGGGCACCUGCUCCUGGGCGUGGUGCGGAUCUACCACAGAAAGGCCAAGUAUCUCCUGGCGGACUGCAACGAGGCCUUCAUCAAGAUCAAGAUGGCCUUCAGACCAGGUGUGGUGGAUCUCCCUGAGGAGAACAGAGAAGCCGCUUACAACGCCAUCACACUCCCAGAAGAGUUCCAUGACUUCGACCAGCCGCUGCCCGACCUGGAUGACCUUGACGUGGCUCAGCAGUUCAACCUGAACCAGAGCCGAGCCGAGGAGAUCACCAUGAGAGAAGAAGUGGGGAACCUCAGCCUGCUCCAGGACAACGACUUCUCCGACUUUGGGAUGGACGACCGGGAGAUGAUGCGUGACGGCAGCGCCUUCGAGGUGGACAUCAUGGGGGCGUCGGCCUCCAACCUGCUGCUGGAUUCUGAGGGCGGAGCCAAUCACACCGACAAGUCCAACCACCUGGAGUACGACCAGUACAAGGACGACUUCGGGGACAACCCCAUGGAGACCAACGAGGGAGGCAUGCUGGUGGACAAGCUUCUGAGCAACGAGGACGGAGGAGGAAUCUUCGACGACCCUCCGGCGAUCCCGGGAUCCGUCAUGAUGCCCCAAGACCACGGAGACGACGACGACGACUUCGAUGCUCUCUCCGCCGGCGCUCCAGACAGUCCAGACUCCGGUCCCACGGAGCCUCUGCCGGCGAUGGCGGACCAGGCCGAGCAGGCGGCUUUGACCCACAACGAGGAAGAGACGUUUGCCCUGGAGCCCAUAGACAUCACAGUGAAGGAAACUAAAGCCAAGCGGAAGAGGAAGCUGAUCGUGGACAGUGUGAAGGAGCUGGACAGUAAGACGAUCCGGGCGCAGCUGUCUGAUUACUCCGACAUCGUGACCACGCUGGACUUGGCUCCGCCCACAAAGAAGCUGAUGAUGUGGAAGGAGACGGGCGGCGUGGAGAAGCUGUUCUCUCUGCCCGCGCAGCCGCUGUGGAACAACCGGCUGCUCAAGAUGUUCACCCGGUGCCUGACGCCUCUGGUCCCAGACGAGUUGAGGAAGAGGAGGAAAGGAGGAGAAGCCGACAGUUUGGACGAGUUCCUCAAAGACCUGGAGAAUUCUGAGGUGCCGCGCGAGGAGACCACAGCGCCACAGCAGCAAGGCAUCAUGGACCAGACGCUGAUGGAGGAGGCCAGCGCUCUGCAGUCCGCGGCCGUGGAGGGCAGCAGGACCCUGGACGAGUCCGCGAUGCCGCCCCCUGGUGGUCAGAGAGGAGUCAAGCGCAAGACACCGGAGGCAGAGCCAGCACUGCCUUUGGGUGCAGAGGAGCAGCAGCAGACCUCCACAGACGAUCUGCCUCCAGAGGAACCGUCCAUCAGUCAACUCCUGGACCUGGACCUGCUCAGCGACAAGAAGAAGACGGACGACGACUCCGAGGACGAGGAGGAGGAGGUGCAGGGAGGAGACCAGGACCAGGAAGAACGAAGAUGGAACAAAAGAACGCAGCAGAUGCUUCACGGGCUCCAGAGGGUGAUGGACAAGACCGGGGCCCAGUCCGUGAGUCUCCUGGACCUCUGUCGGAACAACAACAGGAAGCAAGCGGCUGCAAAGUUCUACAGCUUCCUGGUUCUGAAGAAGCAGCAGGCGGUGGAGUUGGUGCAGGAGGAGCCGUACAGUGACAUCACCGCCACCCCCGGGCCGCGCUUCCACGUCAUCUGA